CACUGCAGUUGGAGCGCAGCUCGUGAAAUUAAUGCAAUAUUGAUUGUUAACCUUGUUAAAACACCAUUUUGAAACAGAGGAUAUUCUGUAACGUAAAUUCUAGUUUCCUUUUUUUUCUUCAAAAUUUCAUUAGCUUAUUUCAUUAAGUGGGUUGAUCUACACACGAUGAGCUAUGAGCAGAUCAUUAUUUAGGAAUGUACUAACACAUUUCGAGAUUUGACUAUUCAGUGAACAGGCACCACUUUAAGUGCUCGCAAGAAUGAUUCCACCUAGAAAUAUAGACGAGCUACUUCUCAGGUUACGGAAAUUUGCUCCAGAAGAAUCCGUGGCAGACACUUCAGCCCGGGCGGUAACCAUGGCUGGUAACAGCGGCGCUGUAAGUGCUCCACCCGGGAUUGCUAGUGUUUCCGGAGCAACGACAGUGGGAUCUAACAUCACUUCUGUUCCGGAGGAAAAUUUCGGCGAAAAAAUGCUUCACAAAAUAAUGGAUAAGACACAUCUUCCACUCUUUGUCAUUAUUCUUAUCCUGAUUGGAAUCGCUCUUCUGUUUUUGUGUAUCUGUUACUGCUGUCUAAGACGUUGGUGUAGGAGGCGGAAGAAAGACGGAAAGAAAGGCUUGAAAGGAGCAGUAGACUUCAAAAGCGUGCAGCUUUUGGGAAAUGCGUACAAGGAAAAGGUACAGCCGGAUAUGGAAGAAUUACAAGAUAAUAUGGAGGAUAAUGAAGGAGAAGAAGAAAGCGCCAAGUCUGAAGUGAAAUUAGGUCGCCUCCAGUACAAGUUAGAUUACGACUUUAAUACCAGUAACUUAGCAGUGACAGUAAUUCAAGCAGAGGAUCUUCCAGGAAUGGAUAUGUCUGGUACAUCGGAUCCUUAUGUCAAGGUGUAUAUGUUGCCCGACAAGAAGAAGAAAUACGAAACUAAAGUUCACCGAAAGACACUAAACCCUGUGUUUAACGAGACCUUCAAUUUCAAGAUACCUUACUCUGAAAUUACUUCUAAAACUCUGGUAUUCGCCAUCUUUGACUUUGACCGUUUCUCGAAGCACGAUCAAAUAGGAGAAGUCAAGCUACCUCUAAACACACUAGACUUAGCCCAGACUAUCGAAGAAUGGCGAGAUCUUACUAGCGUAGAGGGAGAGCAAGGACAGGAAAAUAAGUUGGGAGAUAUUUGCUUUUCCUUACGUUAUGUGCCCACAGCUGGAAAACUUACAGUUGUAAUUCUCGAGGCUAAAAAUCUGAAGAAAAUGGACGUUGGUGGCUUGUCAGAUCCGUAUGUGAAAAUAGCUUUGAUGAUGAAUGGCAAGAGAAUCAAGAAGAAGAAGACGAGUAUCAAGAAGUGCACACUCAACCCCUAUUAUAAUGAGUCAUUUACAUUUGAGGUACCAUUCGAACAAAUUCAGAAAGUCCAGCUGAUGGUGACAGUUGUUGACUACGAUCGGAUUGGUACAUCUGACCCAAUAGGUAAUGUCCUUCUAGGCUGUAAUGCAACUGGAACUGAGCUCCGCCAUUGGAUGGACAUGCUGGCCUCUCCGCGACGUCCAAUAGCCCAAUGGCAUUCUUUAAAAGAGCCAAUUGAGGGAGGUGAUAAUUAAAACCAAAUGAAUCGUAAACAAGCAAGCAACAAGAACUCCCCAGAGAAAUGUUUCGAGCGUUUAAUGUAAUAUUAAAUAUACUGAUGAUAUUUAUUAUGUGAAGUUGUUUGAACGUUAUUUACUUGGCUUUCUAUUCAAGCUGUGUAUGCUUGUUGAAUAACUGAGGUUUGAGGGAAGGUAAAUCAAUACAAUUUUUGUAAUUCAUACAGAGUUCGUAAUUUGCAAUGUUUUGUUUAACUUUAAUCCCGUACAUGCUAUAUUGUCUGACUGCUUGGCAAAUAUUUGUAUCUCUGUUCUUCAAUAAGCUGUCAUUUCUUUUCGAUAAUACUGUUCAGCUUCAAUGAAAUUUUGUUGUUAUAUGUAAAAUGCUUGAAGAGAAUAUGUCGAUUCUAUUCUAAAGUUACCUUCCUGGUGUAGUAGCAUAAACUUUCAUUUUAUAAUGGCUCAAAAAUGACUAAACGACAAGGAAAAAUGGAACUUUACCUUAAAUCUUAUCUUUUUUAAUUAGUGCGAAGUUCCAUUAAUAGCAUAUGUUUGCGAUAUAAUUUCAAAGUUACGUUUAAAACUUGCAUUUGAUUUAGAAUAUUUUAAAUCCAAAGUCAAUAAUCCAUAUAUAAAAAAUCUUAUAUUUGAUAAACAAAGACAACAUACUAUUGUACAGCCAAGUAUCCAGAAAUAUAUAUUUUAUGUAGUUUAAAAUACUGGAUUUUUUACAGUGUUAUUUAAAAAAUAUAACUCUUCUACACUUCAUUUCCAAUCAAGACAUUAACGUUGACGGGUUUAUUACGCUAUUUUGCCAAUGUCCAAUAGAAAAAUAUACAUUUUUUUUAUGAGCAAAACAUAGUAUGAAAUAUUCCGUUUUAAAUGAAUAGUACACUUUUGUUAAACUCCAAUGUGUCUAUUCCUCUGAUUCUUUAUAAAGAAGUAUUGUUUGAAAAAUCUUACAACAUCACACUUGCAAGAGGAAUGAUACUUGAGCCAAUAUUUCCAUGUUCUAUGUUAUGAUAAUAGAUUGUAAUAAAAUGUGGUAACAAAAUACGUUAUAAAAACCAAAGUUAUACAUUUGGUUCAGAAGAAUGAGUAGUUUCUUCAAUCGUGCCAUCCUGUAAAAUAGCCGCAUUUCUGUUUUCCUUUGUAGACUAAUGUGUAAAGCGUUUACUUAUAUAACAAUUGAAAUGUUAUUGGAUUUAUACAGAUGCAUGCUUGCCGGCUGAGCUUUUAUAUACAGAGCAUCGUGUAAUCGCGCAGCAGUCUUUGUUAAUUUGUGCAAUAACGUAAAAGAAACCAAAGUUACACGCAGAAUCUCUAUGUAAAUGUUUAUAUAUCGGUAUUAUUAUAGAUGAGAUAAACUGGAUAAGAAAGUCUUACUUGUGGCUCUAUUAAAAGAUACAAGUCUGAUUGUUACAGAGAACUAAAAUCUUCCCAUUACUUCUUAGAAACAACACAGACUAUACCAGUAACUCUCGGUGUCAAAGUGUAAGAGGAUUUUCACAUGUGUUUCUCUUAAAGAGAGAGCAUCAUUAUUAUCCGUGGCUGUUCAUCAAUAUAAAAAUAACUUACUCGUAAUUUUAACAAACAUAUAGACAGUAGUUUUCAAUUAUUUAUGUUUACCGAAAAUGUGAUAUAAUCAAGUGAAUUAUUUCAUAGAUUAACACUAAUGUUUCAGAGGUACUAAAUAAAAAUGUACUAAAAUAAGUUUAUAUUAUAAAUCUUCAAAUCGUCGUAUUACUGAGAGAAGUUCGAGUACGGACAUUUCAACUAAUAAAGAAUUUAAAUAAAAGUAAGCAAUUUGAGAAUCUUAAUUUUCUUUAUAUGUCAUUAUAGAACAAGUAAUAAUUACCCUGAAACUAUAUGUAUAUAAAACUAAAUAUACAUUAAUUAGAAUAAAACAUUUAAGGAAACGUAACCAGGCACAAAAAAUACAUGCAAUAAUAAAAGAUAUGAAAGAUUACUAUCAUAUGACCAUAGUGGGUCUAGUACCUUUAUUUCAUAUGGCCAUAGUGGGUAUACCAUCUUUAUUUCAUAUGACCAUAGUUGGUCAAGCACUUUUACUCCAUAUGACCAUAGUGGGUCUACCACCUUUAUUUCAUAUGGCCAUAAUGGGUAUACCACCUUUAUUUCAUAUGGCCAUAGUGGAUAUACCACCUUUAUUUCAUAUGGCCAUAGUGGGUAUAGUACCUUUAUUUCAUAUGACCAUAGCGGGUCUACCACCUUUAUUUAUUGAUUCGUAAGUCAUGUAAGAAUAAUAACUUUUCUGUGAUAUAUUUUGGAAUCCUCUGUCCUAAGUCAUAAAACACAUUGAAGACUUUAUUUCACAAAACAAUUAUCUUAUCAUUUCUUGACAUUCAUCAUUUUGAUGAGAUGAUCGUUACAACAUAAUUAGAUCAUUUGUAUACAACUGAAUUCAUGUUUGUGAUACAACCGAAUUCAUGUUCAUGUAUAAUGCCACCGAGAUAAGUAUCUCUGUUAUAACAAACUUUACCUAGGCUAGUGUCGGUUAGCUUCCGUGUUGGCUAGAGAUAUACUUACAACAUCAAUAGAUUCCAAACUAAAGUGUAAAAAGAACAAGUUGUUUUUAUACCUUAUUUAAAAAAAAUCAGUUAAUUUCUAGUCAGCUUUAUUAAUGGUUGGUUUUCAACCUUAAUUUAGCGAUACUAAAACUAAGCUGAGAUUGAUUCUAAAAUAUUUUGUUAUGACUAUGGUGAUUGUGCCCAUCGUACAAUAGUUUCGUAAUAAAGUAUUUUAUUCAAAAUGUUACUGAUUAUUACGUUUGCUAUGAAAAAAAUAAAGCCAGGAGCUGCUAAAUCUUCGUUUCUCUCCUUUCUUUGGGUUGUCUUCUGAUGAACUAGGCGAUAAAAAAAAAGCCUUACCAAAUAGUCGAGAGCCAGCAUGACAAUGGAAAUUUGAUGUUCCAACACAAUUUUCGUGUAUGAAUUUGUGAAAUUUUAGUAAUGUAUGCAAAGAUGACAAUUCAAGAAAUAUUAACGUCUUUCUGGACAAUAAGUAAAGUUUAAGGACAAUAUUCUACCAUAUAAAAGUGCGCAAAAUAUAAGAUUUGUUAUAUAAACUUUCAUUUGUGUAGAUAGAAGAAUUAUUAUUGAAAGAACAGUUUAUUACCAUAAUGUUUCAUACGCACUUUUACUGAAUGGAAUGUUAUGGCUUACGUCAUGUGUGUCCUUCCGUACAUUUAUUAACGUAUCUGAAAACACCUUCAUAUGCUACAUAGACUUAUUGUGUAGAUUUUUAUUAUUAUUGUUAUUAAAUUACGCAAAGCUUUGUAAUUUUAUGUUUAUUAAAUCCAAAAAAACAAUGCUAAUUAUAUGAAAUUGAAUAAAUUUCAAAGACAUACAAAAGCCUCAUGUGGUUGAUAGUGUGUUCAAUUACGUUAUUACAAACAAAAAAAUACGUAAUAUCUAUCAACCCGUAGAAUAGUAAAUAUAUAUCGUUCGUGUUUUUGUUCCUUAGAUUUCUAUGUAUGUAUAGAUAUAGCCCACCUCCAUAGAGCGUAAACACGUAAUACAUGCUGUCAUUUUCCACGUUCGUUACCCGGGUUUGAUUUGGACAUUAAUAUUAAUGUCGAUCUUAGUUACAAAGCAUCUGUCCGACUUUAGAAGUUAAAUGUCUACCUCCAACCAUUUUUUACUGCUUUAAAUUUAAACAAAAGCAGUCUUUUUAAUGUAAUUCAUCUAAAUCAUUUAAGUCUGUUAGAAACUUCUGAACUGAUAUUUUAUUAUUAUAAACUGUAGUUAUUGCUAAAAACAUUAAUGUUUUUCAUCGAUUUUUAACAUUGUAGAAAUCUUCUUACAUGAUUAUGGUUACAUUUACUUAUCCAGUAAACCUUUUAAACAUGAUUUUUCGUUAAAUCUAAAUGAGUUUUACAAUACUUUGUUUUGUUUUACUUUGAGAUGUUUUUAAACUGAAAGUUAUAUACCAAAUACGUUCAUAGUAUUUGAGAACGUUAUAUAUAUGUAAGUUAAGUGGAUGAAAUAAGCUGUGAAAUAGUUUUCAUCAAAUGUUAUUACGUAAGUUUCUCGUAUGUACCACGAUGUGUAAGUCGGGUUGAUUAAGUAUGGGCGUAACGAUGUAAUGUGUGUUAUUAGUCAAUUUACAUGUGUGAUUUCAUCUAGUUAUAUUUUGUAAAAACUGUUUGAGUGCUUUAACAGAAUCCCGACUUUUUUAAUUGUAUCUAACAGAAGCGAAGAUCUUUGAUAACUAAAUUGAAGUGUCUUGAUGAACUUGUGGUACAGAAACAAUAAAUUGAUACAGAAAAUAUAUGUUCCAGGUUUUAUAUGUACAACAAACGCAAGCAUACAAAAAUGACUUAUAGAACGUAAGAUAAUGACUUCAUGGUCUUAGGUCUUUUGUGUUUAUACUAACUGGUUAUUCAACUCAUAUUUUCGAAAAGCGUAUUCUCCAUUUUUUACUAUAUGGUUAAAGUGACUUCCGUUUCAGCAUGUGCUAUUACUUUACACAAAGCAUUAUCGUUGAAUGUUCUACUUUAACCAGAAUAUAUAUAUAUGUUGCAUAAAUAUUGAAAUAUAUUUAAAUAUAUAAACGGUGUAGUGAAUGUUGUAACUAGUGGUAUUAUCUGUAUUGUGUACAGAGUAUUUUUAGGGCGGAAACUAUAUAUACAUACAUAUAUUAUAGAAUUGUAUUUUUGUGGGUAUGUAUAUGGUUUUGAAACUUGAUUAUAUGUAACAUCUUCCCAUCACUUAGUCCUCAGCUGACAAGAGCCUUAAAGUCACUUAAACAAAAAUAUAGACACUGCGUUUAGUUUCAGAUGAAAUUAAAGAUGUUUAUUCAGUGUAUUGUUUGUAUACAUAUAUAUAUAUAUAUAUACAUAUAAGGUUAAUGGUCUAACCUUUGUCUGUAGCCCUAAAAUACAUAUGAAAGUGCAUAAUUACAAAUGUGUAUAGUGGCUUCUGUCAUACAAGUUACCUAGAAAUUUCAAAUAUGUAAAUAGUUGCCUUGCUGUGUGAACAGUAAUGAUGUUAUUGUACAUGUGUACGUGUUAUAUAGAAUAUAAUAAAAUUUACUACUAGUAAAUUGCA